AUCUGUUGCAGGCCAUUAAAAGAAUAAAAUUAAAAAAUGUAUCGAAUUUGGUGGAUGCACUCAACGUUGUUAAAAUUGAUCGAGGUUCAAAAAAGGAAAUGGAGGGUGGUGCGGGCCGUUUGACAGUCACAUGAGUAAACGUUUUUGGUAGAUUUAGGCGGAAAUGGCGAAUUCAGGAGGAGGAGGAGGAGAUACCGCGUGGGUGGGAAAGAAGCCACUGAAGCGGCUGGGAGGCAUGGCUGACGCGCUUCAAAUUGCUUCUGAUCUCGGGUUCUCUCUUCCUCCACAGGAUGAUGUUCAAAAUUUGGGCAAUACAACAGGAUUUAGCGAUAAAAGUGAUAGUUUGGUAAAGGUCCUGAGGGAUCUUACAUCUGUCCAACGAAAUCUGGCAAAUUUGCAAGUAGAACUUCAAGGUCGACAGGAUGAUAAUAGUGUUGCACAUCUCACCCAUGUGAGUGAAAUGGAAAAGAAAUGUCAGACACUUGCAAAGACCACUGCUAUACUGAAGGAUGUCAUUCAAAAUAAGGAUAGAAUCAUUGCUCGUCUUCAACAACCUUAUUCGAUCGAUUGCCUUCCUGUUGAGGCGGAGUAUCAGCGGCAAUUUUCAGAGUUGUUACUUAAAGCUGCGAGUGACUAUGGAGCUUUAACUACGGCAAUUGCAGAUUUCCAGUGGAGCCAAAGCUUUAAGGAUCCACCAUCAAUCUGGGCGGAAAUACUGCGACCAAUUCCAGUUGCCUUGGCUUCUUGCACACGAUACUUUGAAGCUGUUUCUGCAAUGAGAGAAUCAAUUGCUGAUCUUCAUAAGUCACGUGUUGGUUCUUCAUGUCCUGUUACACCAUUGAAAGAAGCAUCCUGGAUGUCAGAUCAAGGAGAUUCUGUAUGUGCAACUCCUCCACCUUGGAAUGCAACUUACAGUAUGGAUGAACCAAGCUCAGAUGAUGUUGUUAUUCGUAGUCGCAAGAGACUUGAACAGUUGGAAUCUUUGGGCGAAAAUACUGAUUUUGGAAUGCCAACUAAUGCUGGGCAGCCUGAUCAUGAUAGCUUGAAGCAAAGACGAUUAUCAUGGCCUCCUCAAAACAUUGCUCGUAAUAUGGCUUAAUAAUGUAGAUAUAUUGAUUUAUAUUGAUAUUUGUUCUCUGUUAAUCAUCAAGUGUCCUGAACAUGUCUGGAGUGACUUACUCUACUAUUAGUGUUGUCAGUUAAUCUAACACAGAAAAUCCAAUUUAUAGCUUAAGUUUUUUUUGUUUGGGAAUGCGCCAUCCAUUUGUGUGUUUAAAGCGUUGCUGGAUAUUGUCCAUACUUUGGCAUUGUUUUUUAAGUUAAAGGAAUUCAUUUCUCACUGUAUUGUUACUAUUGAAAUGGGACAGGUGUGAUAUAAAAAUUCUAUUUUACCAUAAUGGAACAGAGAACUUCCUAUC